GCGUCGCUGUGGUCGUUUCAUCUUUCUUCUGUCUUCGCUGUGCUUUAAGAGAGAGAGAGAGAGAGAGAGAGAGAGAGUAAUUGGGAGAUGGCGAGGCGAGUUGAGACUCGGAACGAUUCGGCGCUGACUCGGGCGGUUGGAAAGGUGUUUGCGUUCGUGAGAUACGCGGAGUUUGAGAUCCUCUUCUUACUCUUCUUCAUCAUUGCUUAUAUCGUCUUCAAAGACAUUACAUCAAGACCCGAAUACAAUCAAAUCCUUGUAAAGAAGCCCGGUGGACCAGAGUUUUGGCCUUACUAGAAGAUUGGACACUCUGCUUGAUACUGUUGGAUGUAUUCAUUAUUAUUUAUUUAAUAGGUAUGCUUAGCAUGAACGCUGGUGACUUUGGAGUUUGGAUAUUUCCCUUUUGUAUUAUAUCCUAAUGUAUUUUUAUAGGUAAAAUAGGUGAAACUGCUACAAAUUCGUGUAAUGUUCCACUCCAGUUAAUAGCAAAAUCUUGUAAAAGAUUCAACACCUUUUUGUUUAAUAUUAUUCUCUUGUAGUUCUCUCUAUUUUCAUUUCA